AUGAACAAUCAGUUGACUCCUUAUUGUCGACGACCCGAUAAUGAUGAAAAACAAGAAGAAAUAUCUUAUAUAUUCGGUAAAAAUAUAGCAAACAAUAUUACUUUUAAAGAAUUGAGUGAACAAGGUAUAACAAGUGAACAACUUCUUAAUUGGUCAGCACCUAUCGAUCUUGUUGAACGAUAUGAAAUGAAUAGUCAAACUUCAGAAUUAUUCUAUAAUUGCUCAUCGUCAUGGUUUGGAUCAAAAUGUCAGUAUCGAUUUGUCUACAAUUCAUUUUUGUCAUUUAAUGAAAUUGUUAAAGCUUCGCUGAAUAUUCGUCAGAAAAUUCUGCAUGGCGUAAGUGUAACCACAUGUUAUCGCUUUUUAUCUGAUUGCCAUCGUGGACCAUGGUCUUUAUGUCUCGACUGGCGGCAAAUAUUUAAUGGCAUAGUUGAUUGUAAGAGUGGUAAAGAUGAGCAGUGGUGUGAGACAUUAGAGAUGACAAUAUGUGCUGAUGAUGAAUAUCGAUGUCAUUAUGGUGGUCAAUGUAUUCCACGGAUAUUUGCACGAGAUAGCUACUUAAGUGUUGACUGUCUGGAUGGUAGUGAUGAGAAACAAACCUUCUCCAUCCAUUCACCUUUUGCAGGUUCAGUUUGUGGUUCAAUUAUCACAUUUCGAUGUGAAGAGCGUAUUAAUCGAUAUCCUCUUGCUUUUCCAUGCGGUGAUGGUGAAUUUUUGCCAAAGACUAGUGUUCCACAUAGUGCGAUACCUUGUUCCAACCGGAGAGAUGAUGAAAUGACUAAAACCAUGCUUACUUCAUUGGAUCACAUUCAAGAUAUUAAUUGUCGACAAGCAUUUCGUUGUUCACUACUUUCCGAUCGACCCUCUAGGCUAAUUUUACCUGAAUAUCCUGUUAUGUAUGGUUAUUUUCAAUUUGUCUAUUUGACUAAUCGAUCAACUAAUGAAUUUAAAAUUAAUGUUGGACCUGACUUCGUAUGUUUUGAUGCACAGAAAUGUUCUGGAUUAUUAUCUAGAAUAGUCCCGAUCAAAAUAAUCGAUGGUCUUACAUGUUGCCGCACUUUUGACUUGAUUAAUGAAUAUCCAAGAAACGAUUUUAAUAUGUUGAACUACGAUUUCUCUCGCCUCUAUGAUGAAUGCUCGACUAUGGGUAAUGAAAUUUCAUGUACAAAUUCAUCUUAUUUUCAUUGUAAUGAAUCUUUAAAAUGCAUUUCAUAUCAUCGUGUUGGUGAUGGAUUUAGAGAUUGUUUUUAUAAUGAAGAUGAAUUAUUUCCUGCAUGUCAUCUGAAUGUCUCAAAUCGAUUUAGUUGUACAUCAGAUCCAACCAAGUGCUUGUCGCUUGUAGCAAUUGAUAAUGGACAAGUGGAUUGUCCACAAAGAGAGGAUGAGAUACAUGAGAAUAUAUAG